AUGUGUACCACCUCAUCUUACGGACUUUAUUUGCUUUUUUUCCUGCUCUUGCUUAUCGAAAUAUCUUCUGACUCUUUCACUGUAUUUUUUCUUUAUAUUCCAUUGAAAUCUCUUGCAGUAUCUAUCUAUCUAUCUAUCUAUCUAUCUAUCUAUCUAUCUAUCUAUCUAUCUAUCUAUCUAUCUAUCUAUCUGCGGACAGGGAAUCGAUUUUUGAUCUAUCUAUCUAUCUAUCUAUCUAUCUAUCUAUCUAUCUAUCUAUCUAUCUAUCUAUCUAUCUAUGGUAUAUACAAAGGAGGGUCUAUCUAUCUAUCUAUCUAUCUAUCUAUCUAUCUAUCUGCGGACAGGGAAUCGAUUUCUGAUCUAUCUAUCUAUCUAUCUAUCUAUCUAUCUAUCUAUCUGCGGACUAGGAAUCGAUUUUUGAUCUAUCUAUCUAUCUAUCUAUCUAUCUAUCUAUCUAUCUAUCUAUCUAUCUAUCUAUCUAUCUAUCUAUCUCUUAUAUACAAAGGAGGAUAUCUAUCUAUCUAUCUAUCUAUCUAUCUAUCUAUCUAUCUAUCUAUCUAUCUAUGUGUGGUAAUGCUCCAUAUAAGCGGAAUAUUUAGUAUAUACAAAGGAGGGUAUCUAUCUAUCUAUCUAUCUAUCUAUCUAUCUAUCUAUCUAUCUAUCUAUAUGUUCCGAGUUGAAAUUAAUUUUAUCAAUCUAUCUAUCUUCAUUAUUUUUCUCAUCUAUCUAUCUAUCUAUCUAUCUAUCUAUCUAUCUAUCUAUCUUCAUUAUUUUUUCACUCUCUAUCUAUCUAUCUAUCUUCAUCUAUCUUUAUCUUCAUUGUUUUUUAUCACUUCUAUCUAUCUAUCUAUCUAUCUAUCUAUCUAUCUAUCUUAUUUUUCUCACUAUCUAUCUUCAUUAUUUUUCUCACUAUCUCUAUCAUCUAUCUAUCAUCUAUCUAUCUAUCUAUCUUCAUUAUUUUUCUCACUAUCUAUCUAUCUAUCUAUCUAUCUAUCUAUCUAUCUAUCUAUCUAUCUUCAUUAUUUUUAUCACUAUCAUCUAUCUAUCUAUCUAUCUUAUUUUUCUCACUAUCUAUCUUCAUUAUUUUUCUUCAUCUAUCUAUCUAUCUAUCUAUCUAUCUAUCUAUCUAUCUCUUCAUUAUUUUUUAUCACUAUCUAUCUAUCUAUCUAUCUAUCUAUCUAUCUAUCUAUCUUCUAUCUUAUUUUUCUCACUAUCUAUCUUCAUUAUCUAUCUAUUCUAUCUAUCUAUCUUCAUUAUUUUUCUCACUAUCUAUCUAUCUAUCUAUCUUCAUUAUUUUUAUCACUAUCUAUCUAUCUAUCUUAUUUUUCUCAUUAUCUAUCUUCAUCUAUCUAUCAUCUAUCUAUCUAUCUAUCUUCAUUAUUUUUCUCACUAUCUAUCUAUCUAUCUAUCUUCAUUAUUUUUAUCACUAUCUAUCUAUCUAUCUAUCUAUCUUAUUUUUUUUCACUAUCUAUUUCAUUAUCUAUCUAUCUAUCUAUCUAUCUAUCUAUCUAUCUAUCUAUCUAUUUUUCUCACUAUCUAUCUUCAUUAUUUUUUCUUCAUUGUUUCUAUCUAUCUAUCUAUCUAUCUAUCUAUCUAUCUAUCUUCAUUAUUUUCUCACUAUCUAUCUAUCUAUCUAUCUAUCUAUCUAUCUAUCUAUCUCUAUCUAUCUAUCUUAUUUUUCUCACUAUCUAUCUAUCUAUCUAUCUAUCUAUCUAUCUAUCUAUCUAUCUAUCUAUCUAUCUAUCAUUUCUUAUUACGGAAUUUAUUGACACAAAAAAUUAUUCCUUGCCCAAACACAUAUUUCUCAUGAUCUAUCUAUCUAUCGAUCUAUCUAUCUAUCUUCAUUAUUUUCUCACUAUCUAUCUAUCUAUCUAUCUAUCUAUCUAUCUAUCUAUCUAUCUAUCUAUCUAUCUUCAUUAG